GCGCUGAGGAAGUGCGUCAAGAGUAUACAUCGUCGCAAGUAGCUCUUGUCAGCUCUCCUGUGCAAGGCAGGAUGCAGCCUUCUCAGAACGAUGUCAGGGCUGAGCCUCAUGGCAACCGUACCAUGAUUGAUCUUGUCCAUAACGAGGACCCUUUCGCCAGUGACCAAGAUGAGGGCGGCCUUUUCGUGGACAGGCCUGUGCGCAACACAAACGAACCGGAGCGUGAGAAUUCCCAGGAUGGCUUUACUCAUCCUGAACAUGGCGAGUGGGACGGUCUGGAUUGGGACGGAAAGGAGGAAGAAAUCCUUUCUCGGGCUAUUUACCGGAACAAAUACGAAUUGGUGUCGAUGGCAGAGCGACUAAACCGUACUCCUUACGACGUGUGGAGGAAAGCCUCGUGGUUCAAGAAGCUGUUCCGAGACAACUACAGAGACAAGGGCGAGCAGAUACCCAACUGGUGGUGGUAGCUCGCGAAAUUGGAGUUAAUCCUCACAUAUAUCGCCCUCGAAGGUAUAUCGAUGGCGUAGGCUUUCUGCAUCGUCGCCCUGGUAAAAGACUCGGAUGACAUUCGCCGGUAUCCUUCAUCUUCUGUGGCUCAGUAGGUGCGGCUUACUUUCCCUCUUCAAAGAGCAACAACACUUGUGAUCAGACAAGAACACAUGAGAUGGCGCCAGCUCGAGAGACAACGUGCUUAUCAGCUGGCUAGAGAAGAGUGUUAGUCUCUAGUACGUUACUAAUAUGUCAAGUAAAUUUUGCGAGCC